AUAGAAGAGAAGCCCAAGAGAAAAGGGUCCAUCGAUCCCUAAUCUCAACCCCGUUCACGCAGGAGAGUACCAAAUCUUUCUCCACGGUGGUUGGAGAAAAGGUCCGCAGCUACUGCCGAGUGCAACAGAGAGAGGAGACUGGGAGUGAGUCCAAAUCGGGCCUAUGGCUUCGUGUCCUCAUUUGAACUCGUCUAUGAUGUUAUCGAAGCCGAAGCAUCCGAUUGCUUCAUUUUGUCCCCUUGAUUUUCCCAACCCACAACAUUUGUCAUCAUUGUCAUUCAUUGCCUCUCCGAUUGGUGGUGUAAAAUCUGUUAGACGCCGGUGUAGGCAAACAAAUCAGCGGUGUUCCUUGCAGAUUUUGGCAUCAAUGGAUAACCCCAAGAAGCCUCUGAAAAUUAUGAUAUCUGGAGCUCCUGCUUCUGGUAAAGGAACACAAUGCGAGCUAAUUACUAGUAAAUAUGAUUUAGUGCAUGUUGCAGCUGGAGAUUUACUAAGAGCAGAAGUUGCAGCAGGGUCUGAAAAUGGGAAGCAGGCAAAGGAAUAUAUGGAGAAAGGGCAGUUGGUUCCGGACGAGAUAGUUGUUAUGAUGGUGAAGGAUCGUUUAUCGCAACAAGAUUCCAAUGAAAAGGGUUGGCUUUUGGAUGGAUACCCAAGAAGCUCAUCUCAAGCAACAGCACUUCAAGCCUUCGGUUUCCGACCAGACCUUUUUAUUCUUCUUGAAGUUCCGGAGGAAAUUCUUGUUGAUAGGGUAGUUGGUCGUAGGUUGGAUCCUGUUACUGGUAGAAUCUACCACUUAACAUAUUCGCCCCCUGAAACUGAAGAAAUUGCUGCAAGGCUAACCCAGCGUUUUGAUGAUACAGAAGAAAGAGUAAAGCUUCGGUUGGAAACACACAACCAAAAUGUAGAAUCAGUCCUUUCGUUGUUUGAAGAGAUCACAGUCAAGGUCGAUGGAAGUCUUCCAAAGGAGGAUGUAUUCGCAAAGAUUGAUAGUGCGCUAGCAAAUCUUAUUGAGCAAAAGAACACUACUAUGUUAGCUACAUAAUGAAAAAUGAGCGAAAUAUAUAUGAAUAACAGCUAGAAUCCUCAUUCUUUAGUAAAGGAGCCACAAGUGCCUGGUCCGAAACAUGGGAACCCCUCGACCGUUCAACCAACUUUGCCAAAUGAUAAGUCCAAAGGGUGUAUGGACUCUAGUUUUGUGAUGUCUCUGGAAGAAGAGAAAGGGACCAAAGUUAUCAUGAACACAAAAGCUCUCUCAAGGAAACUUUGGGUUAUGAGUUUAACCAAACAAGUUUUCUAAUAUUGGGAGUUUAAGGGUCAACAGAAAGUGCAGCAUGGUAUAGAGGAAUGAAGGCUAGUACCAUAAAUCAAGUGUAUUUAGAGGGUGAUCAUUUCGGAAUUCCAGUUUUUUUCUCGAUGUUCAAGUAAGCUCCCGCUUUCUUCACUUUAUAAAUCUGUUAUAGUUGUUGAAAAAGCCAAGUUGUCAGGGCUUGUUGAUAUGUUGAGCAAAAUAUGUAAUGU